AUGGAGGAGCAGCUUCAGUCUCUUCGCCAGCAGUAUAUUGAAAACAAGGACUCGACCAACACAACAAUCACAACGCGAUCGAUCGUGGAUACAGCAGGGAAGCCUCCCGUCUGGCGCGACAUGGCAUCGACUCAACAACUACGACGAGAGCAGGCGGAGCGCGAGAACGCGCGGCUAAAACUGGUCCUUGAAAGCCAAAUAAAGCUGGCUAAAAGUAUGGAGGCUGUGAUGCAGAGGCGAACACGGCAGCAAUUAGCUGGCUUUAAUGGUGUCGUAAGUGAUGCCGUCGGCGAUGUGGAAGGCCCCACGUGGGACCUUCUUCUCGAUAAAGAUACCUAUGAUAUGCUUCUUGCUCGAGCAGAGUCUGCGUACCACGAAGUGAACGAAGUGCUCGCUGCUAAUGGCCUGAAGUAUCUGGAAACAGCGUGCACCAACGCUCAAAUGCGUGAAGGUCCAGAGGGUAUGUACGUGGAUAUCUUUACCAACAAAAUGCUACCCUUUGACUUCAAAACCGCGGCCGAGGCCGUGUGGACGCACUUUCGUGGAAGCGAGAAGCACCGCGGGAACCUGUACGAAAACUUUUCCAAGGACGUUGAGUCAUCAUCCGAUACAGUUGCAGAGAUGUUCGCUAUCGAAUUCAUGGCAAAUGACUUGGCUGCCGAUUUCCGCGUUAAGCAGGUUGUGCGGCGCUACAUUGAGGAGGAUCGACAGGUAGUAGUCUGGGUGUCCACUGCGUCUGCACUCGAGAAUUCGAAGUCCCCCUUUGCUAGCUUUGGGUUUCGUGAGAAGGGCUACGUUAUCAGCAAGCGUGUGCGAGGCUGUGACGACUUUUCCAUGUUCCAGACGUGCUGCCUAGUUUCACCGCAAAUGUCCGAGGCCGGCUCCUUUGACCUGGCCACGGUGGGAACUUUCACCGAGUUCGUUCUGGGUUUUAUGUUCGCCACCAUCACCUCCAGCCAGCAGCUCAUAGAGAACAUGUUGAUGGACCAGUCGCUGCAGCCCAAUCGAGAGAAGCUACCGUGCUCAUAA